AUGUAUCGACUUGAAAUUCGAUCAAUAAAUUCCAGACAAUACCAAGAUGACACUGUGAGCUGUAGAAAGAAAUGUGAUCGUCGUAUAAAAACUGCCAUGGCCUCAGCCCCGAAAAUCGCCAAGUACCACGAGACAAGUGAGAUCGCUUUAUGUCUUUUGAGAUGCCGGAAGGACAUAUUUGGAGACCAUCGAACCGUCCGUAAGAUAUCGACAUAUCACGACUUGGAGGAACAGAAACCCUAUCAAUACAUGCAUAUCUGCUAUUAUCACCCGGGCGAACUUUCGAUGGCAGUGCAGUCAGCGUACACAUUUUUGGUGGCCAAUCCAGAUGAUAAGGAUAUAAUUCAAAGAUGA